AUGCUUGUGAAAUUAGGCUUUGUCGUUGUAGCCUCUGUCGCAGCUUUAACUCUGCAGAGAGACAAUGGCCAAACAAGGAAAAGGGAGGAUAAUGCUCGCAAUUCUGAACAUGGGGAGAAAGAAGAGGAGGAGGAGGUUAAAACAAUCAGUGGCAUAAUUAACUCAGCCCAUUCGCUAGACGAUGACGAUGACGAUAUGCUUUCCGAGAUUGAGAGCCUCCUGUCAGGAGACAUUGACAUCCCUAUACCACGUGAUCGGUUUGAUGUCAAUGGACGGUCAUGGUACAAUGCUUACAUGGCUAACGAGGCCUCUGAGAUAGAGAGACUGCAGCCUGCCUCUGAGAUAGAGAGACUGCGCAGCCUGGUGAGGGAGAUGGAAGAGAGGGAGGCGAAGCUUGAGGGCGAGCUUGCUUACAUGGCUAACGAGGCCUCUGAGAUAGAGAGACUGCGCAGCCUGGUGAGGGAGUUGGAAGAGAGGGAGGCAAAGCUUGAGGGCGAGCUGCUGGAGUACUAUGGAAUGAAGGAAAUGGAGACUGAUGUCACUGAGCUGCAAAAGCAGCUCAAGAUCAAGACAGUGGAGAUCAACAUGCUCAACGACACCAUAAACUCACUGCAGGAGGAGCGGCAGAAGCUGCAAGAUAACGUUGCACGUGGAGAAGUUGCCAAGAAAGAGCUCGAAGUGGCUAGGAGCAAGAUCAAGGAGCUGCAGCGGCAGAUACAGCUGGAAGCAGGCCAGACAAAAGGUCAGCUGAUGCUGCUGAAACAGCAGGUCAUCGGAUUGAAGGCCAAGGAGGAAGAGGCGGCAAAAAAGGAAGCCGAGGUUGAGCGGAAGCUGAAGAAGCUCAAGGAGUUGGAAGUGGAGGUACUUGAGCUAAGGAGGAAGAACAAGGAGUUGUUGUACGAGAAGAGAGAUCUCAUUGUGAAGUUGGAUGCAGCUGAAGGGAAAAUAACUGAGAGUGAUGUAGUUGCCAAUGCAAGAGAAGAGAUAAACAAGCUGAGGCAUACAAAUGAGGACCUCACAAAGCAAGUGGAAGGCCUACAGAUGAACAGAUUCAGUGAAGUAGAGGAGUUGGUAUACCUGCGCUGGGUCAACGCCUGUCUGAGAUUCGAACUCCGCAACUAUCAGACUCCAUCAGGGAAGGUCUCUGCACGUGAUCUUAACAGGACACUGAGCCCCAAAUCACAGGAGAGGGCCAAACAACUAAUGUUGGAGUACGCAGGAUCUGAACGGAGUCACGGUGACACAGACCAUGAGAGUGUUUCUUCAAUGCCUUCAUCACCUGGAAGCGAAGACUUUGACAACAUUUCAAUUGACAGUUCUUCCAGCAGAUACAGCUUCCUAAGCAAAAGGUCUAAUCUGGUGCAAAAAAUCAAAAAGUGGGGAAGGAGCAAGGAUGACAGCAGUAGUUUAGCCUCCCCAAUCAAUGGUUCUCCAAAGAGGAAACCAAAGGGCCCCCUGGAAGCUCUCAUGCUAAAAAAUGCUGGAGAUGGUACAGCCAUAACAACAUAUGGAAAGAGGGAUCCCAAUGAUGUCUUGGACGAUGAAAAUGUCGCAUCCUCAUUCCAAUUGAUGUCCAAGACAGUCGAAGGUUUUGCCGAUGAGAAGUAUCCCGCUUACAAAGAUAGGCACAAACUUGCAACUGAACGGGAGAAGGUGAUAAAAGAGAAGGCUGGGCAAGCAAGAGCACAAAGGUUUGGCGGUGGACACAGUUCAGCUCUUAUUUCCUCUCCUAAAGGUGCACUCCCUCCGAAACUUGCUCAAAUUAAGGAGAGAUCCCCUGCAGCUAAUGCUGAAUCCAGCGAGCAAUCCAGUGACAACCAAAACAACACCCUGGUGGUGAGCCAGAUGAAGCUUGCCAACAUUGAGAAGAGAGCAACAAGAGUUCCCAGACCACCUCCCCCUCGAUCAACCACUGCUUCAGGGGCUACCAAUACUGCAAGUGGAGCACAAACGCCACGUGCACCAGGUGCACCUCCUCCUCCUCCACCACCUCCAGGGAAAGCUGGUGGCCCACCACCACCACCACCACCUCCAGGUGCUCUACCAAGGAACCUUGGUGGGGGUGACAAGGUACACCGUGCACCGGAGAUUGUGGAGUUCUAUCAAAGUCUCAUGAAGCGUGAAGCAAAAAGAGAGACAUCUUUAGGAUCAAUGUCAUCCAAUGUUUCUGAUGCCAAGAGUAACAUGAUUGGAGAGAUUGAGAACAGAUCAACAUUUCUCUUAGCUGUAAAAGCUGAUGUGGAGACACAAGGAGAAUUUGUUGAGUCUCUAGCAAAUGAGGUCCGAGCAGCAAGCUUUGUAAAUAUUGAUGAUGUUGUUGCAUUUGUAAAUUGGUUGGAUGAGGAGUUAUCUUUCUUGGUUGAUGAGCGAGCAGUGCUAAAGCAUUUUGAUUGGCCAGAGAGCAAAACAGAUGCAACAAGAGAAGCCACUUUUGAGUACCAGGAUCUGAUAAAGUUACAGAGCAAGGUUUCAUCCUUUACCGAUGAUCCACAACUUGCAUGUGAAGAAGCUCUCAAGAAGAUGUAUUCUUUGCUUGAAAAAGUGGAGCAGAGUGUCUAUGCACUACUCCGUACAAGAGACAUGGCCGUCUCACGCUACAAGGAGUAUAUGAAGAGGGUUGGCUCAGAACUUGAUGCAUUGGAAGGCACUGAGAAAGAGCCCAAUAGAGAGUUUUUGCUUCUCCAGGGUGUGAGGUUUGCUUUCCGGGUUCAUCAGUUUGCUGGGGGCUUUGAUGCAGAAAGCAUGAAAGCUUUUGAAGAACUAAGAAGCAAAAUGACCACACAGACAUCUGCUCCACAGAUAUCUGAAGGCUGA